GCUUCGAGUAGUGUUAAGUGAAUCAAAUCGCUACUUGCGAGUCCAAGCCAUCGACGAUGUGGCCGGUCACACUCUUCUUGCCUCUUCCACUCAGGACUUCGUGGAAGAAAAUAAUAAUUUUUCUCGCAAAAAUAAGGAUUGUGCUAAAAAAUUGGGCGAAUUUUUUGCUGAAAAAUUGAAAAAAGCCGGUCAAAAAGCAAUCAUUUUUGACCGCAAUGGUCGUCCUUACCGCGGCAAAAAAAAAACCGCCCAAAGUUUGCCUAAGAAAAGUAAUAAUUUAGAAAAAGAAAAAGUUAUCGAACUAGCCGAAGGCCAAUUAGUCGAUGCCAAAGAGGUUAAAAAAGAAAAAACUAUCUCUGAAGUAACAAAUAGACCAGAAUCUACUAAGGGCAAAAAUGGUUCUGGUUUGCUGACAAAUCGGAAAAAUGGAAUUUUCACCUCUUUGGCUUUAAUCAAGGAUGAGGAAAAAAAAGGUGUCGCUUACGCUCAUAUGGGUGGCAAAGAGCCUAUGAAAGCCUCCGCUAAAGCUUUUC